CGCGAGAUCACCUGACUUUACUGUUCUACUUCCUCAAAAUGGAGCUACAACGCGUCUGUGAGCUAAACACGACUGGAUCGAAGAAAACUAAAAGGCUGAACGGGAAUGGGUUUCCUCCCUCACUGGUCAAAAUGGAGAAUAAAGGGAGCGACGAGGUGGAAAAAUUGAAGACAAAGUUCUUGUCUGUGUGGCACAAUGUGAAGUACAGUUGGGCUCUCAAACCAAAGACGUCAUUCAGUAGAAAUUCUCCUGUGCUGCUACUGGGAAAAUGUUACCAUUUUAAGGCUGAAGAUGAUGAGAGUCCUUCUGAACCCUCUGAUGAAGAAGUUGUUUUGGGGGAUGUGGAUGCUUUCCGGAAGGAUUUUGCAUCCCGUGUGUGGCUCACCUACAGAGAAGAGUUCCCUCCUCUGCCAGGAAGCACCCUGACCUCUGACUGCGGCUGGGGCUGUAUGCUGAGGGCUGGACAGAUGAUGCUGGCUCAGGGACUUAUGUUGCACUUCUUGGGAAGAGACUGGACUUGGCCAGAGGCACUGACACUCCAGCCGUUAGACACGGAGACAUGGACUACCGCUGCAGCCAAACGCCUGGUGGCCUCUCUGGAAGCUUCUCUGCAAGGUGCUCCUGGACCCUCUGCACUUAGCUCAACAUCACAGCCCCAAGGGCCUUCCUUUGGAUCUGCAGAGGAGGCAGAGGCACAUUUAAAGGAGAUGUACCACCGCACUCUGGUGUCUUGGUUUGGCGAUUGCCCUUCGGCUCCACUGGGCCUCCAUAGGCUCGUCCGCUUAGGCCUGACAAUGGGAAAACAGGCCGGGGACUGGUAUGGACCAGCUGUGGUGGCACACAUCCUCAAGAAAGCUGUCGAGGAAGCAAUGGGCUCCGGUUUGGCGGGCGUAACUGCCUAUGUCUCCCAAGACUGCACAGUGUACAGCGCUGACGUCGUCGAUUGCCACAGGGUACCGAGAGCAGGGCAGACCUCCGAUGAGACGCCAGACGCCACUCCUCUACCACAGAACGACCAGCCGGCACAUGCUUCCACCUUCCCAGAGAGCCGAGCUGUAAUCAUCCUCGUCCCUGUCAGGCUGGGAGGGGAGAAGACAAACCCAGAGUAUUUUGACUUUGCAAAGAGCAUUUUGAGUCUGGAGUACUGCAUAGGCAUCAUCGGAGGGAAGCCCAAACAGGCCUGCUACUUUGUAGGAUUUCAAGAUGACAGCUUGAUUUACAUGGACCCUCAUUACUGUCAGUCUUUUGUGGAUGUCAGCACCAACGAUUUCCCUCUCCAGUCGUAUCAUUGCCCCUCGCCAAAGAAGAUGCCUUUCAGCAAGAUGGACCCAAGCUGUACCAUUGGUUUCUACUCCAAAAAUUCUAAAGACUAUGAGAGAAUCAGGCAGGAGCUGUCGAGGCUGCUGCAGCCAUCAGGGAAGGAGAAAUACCCUGCGUUCACUUUCGCACAAGGUCACGGCAGAGAUUACGACCUGUCGGCAGGCCUGAACCCUGAAAAGAGAGAGUGGCCCUUCAUCCGUGACCCGCGGAGGACGGUCACCACUGUCGGAGACUUUGUGCUGCUUUGACAGCCCUUUUUAAAAGUCCAGACAGAGCACACGUCCUCUUCUGUUUAAUCAAAUUCCUUGAAGUCCAAAGCCUCAUGAAGUUUUUGGAACUACACGAAUACAGUUUUUGCAUCCAGGACACUUUGUUGUAGAGAAAUUUGAGAUGAAUGUGCAAUUAACUGGUAAGACUUCUGUUUGCUGGCAACGUGAACAUGUUGAAUCAUAUGCCAGGAAGCCUUGGAACAUCCUUUGGUGCUCUGCUGAAUUCAGUGACCUAACGUUUUUUGGGGGGUUUUUUGAUAUAGUAUUUUAACAAUGAGGAACGUAAAGGAGAGUACUAUUCAUUUUUGCACCAUUAUUGUAUUUUUGUUAAUGGAGACUUUAUUGAGAUUUGAGAUUUUGCACCUAAAAUCAUUAGCUUAUAAUGAUCACUAGGUCCAGUUCACAUCCCAGAGGAGUAGCUUUGUGAAUAAAGACUGUGACAGCAUCAUGUAGAAGUAGUAAUUAUGACUGAAAUCAGUGUUUGAUGAUUUAAAAAAAAAUCAUAGGGCUACAACUAGAGAAGUUAAGGUUUAUCAAGCAAACUUCUCUGCUAAAAAAAACCCCAUUUGAUCAAACGAUGAAUUCUUUGCCCAUCUUGAACAUCUCAACAGCAGAAGGCUUUGAAGGAGAGUUUUCAUAACGCUGUUAAUAUUUCUUAUAAUCAAAAUAAGAACACCUCUUUCUUGUAGCAAUAAUAUGUGACGGUGGUAUGGUGUGUUUGCUUGACUUUGUACGUUUUUGCCUGCUAUUAUUUUUUAAUGAGUUAUGCAUCACAGUGAAAGUGACUAGAAUAUGUCAAGGGGAUAACAGUGCCAUGUAAAAGCACUAUAAAGCACCGAGCACUAUCUGUUAUAAAUCUAACGUUAAGAAUAUGAUUCUCUGUGGGAGUAACGCCUCUUUGUGGCUCACACACAUUUACAACAGCAAAUGAAUCAAAGCAUGAAAAAAAAGACUCUUUUAAAUCAGAUUCAGGGAAUUGUGAUCUAGAGGCUGCUGAAACCUUUUGGACUAGCAACAUGGGUCCACAAUAUAACAAUAUAACUACUGUUGUACAACUUCAGUCCAUUAUUUCAACUUUUUUUUUUUUUUUCCACAGAUAAUUUUCAUACAAGUGGGAAUUAACAUUUCAUGUCAUGCUCUUUGUUAUGUUUCAUUUUUCUUCAUUCUGUUCUCUAGCAGUAAGUAAGAAGCUGCAGCGCAGUUUCACAAUAACUACACAUGACCAACGAAGGGAGUUCACUCUGUGUUAGGCUGCAAAGUAUUCCCAACUGUUAAACACAUGCUCUGUAUGUCUGUUGGCAUAAAUUAACUUAUAAUGUUUUACCAUUGCCGAGCAAAAAAAGUUGAAUAAAGUCAAAAAUAUUUUUUUCUUUCUCAA